AAGUUUCCUCAGUCUAACAUUAGCUGGGCGCAGUUUUCAUGGAUAGGCUGAACAAUCGCGCUAACGCUAAAUACUGCUUAUUUUGUCGGCCACAUUUUAGAUGUUAAAACAGCACAAAUAUCACCUCCGUCGUCGUUGCCACCCCUUCUGUUAUUCUCGUAAUCCGCCAUAACUUUUUCUGUGGAACCAGACAAGUCAUGCCGCUAGUCUUCUUCAGUCGCUGCGCGCCAAACAAGCUCCGUACACACUAUUUAUGAGAGGAGAAGAAGAAAAGAGCCAUCACAAAAAAAGCUCAAAUGGGGCCCCUAGAAGUGAGCCCUAUCACCAAAUCUGUUCAGUAACCAAUUUUAUUUUGUACAAACUAGCAUUUUGAGUCGUAUAGUCUAUGGUCGUAUAUAAAUAUUGAGUUAACGCUAAUUGCGUGACCAGAGACGGGUUAGAAGAACUAAUCAAUCUAGCAUAAAGGAUAUCUGGCUGGAAGGUCCAUUACAGUCUAUGAAGGACCAGUAUUGUCGGUCUUACGCUAAAAAUAAACCCUUUUUCUUAAACAAGCUUAACCGGAUAAUCCGCAAUUAAUACAAUAUUGAUGAUGCCAUCUCAGACGUAUUUCAGGAGUGCUGGGAACAGAGGACAAAAAGCAAGCUUUGGGCCCUUAAAAGCUUGGCGUUAAACAAUGAGCCAGUCAGGAUGGGACAGACCCUCUGCAUAUGCUCCCGUGGCUCCAUCACCAUUGAUAACAAAAAAUAUUACUUUGUUCAGAAACUAGACGAAGGUGGGUUCAGUUAUGUUGAUCUGGUAGAGGGUGCAAAGGAUGGGCACUUCUACGCCCUGAAGAGGAUCCUGUGCCAUGACCGUGAAGGCCGUCAGGAGGCUCGGACAGAGGUGGAGAUGCAUCAGAUUUUUAAUCACCCUAAUGUCUUGAGCCUGGUUGCACACACCUUUGUUGAUCGUGGAGGCAAGACUGAAGCCUGGUUACUUCUACCUUAUAUUAGAAAAGGCAGUUUGUGGUCUGUUCUGGAGAAGCUAAGAGACAAGGGGAGCUUGAUGCCUGAAAAACAGGUUUUGCAAAUCUUGCGUGGCAUCUGCUCUGGACUCAAGACUAUUCAUGAAAAAGGCUAUGCACACAGAGACUUGAAGCCUACAAAUGUGCUUCUGGAUGAGGAUGACAGGCCUCUUCUGAUGGACCUGGGCUCUAUGAACCAUGCCAGGAUUGAGGUUAGAGGAACCAGAGAAGCCAUGACCAUACAGGACUGGGCAGCUCAGCGGUGCACCAUUUCCUACAGGGCUCCUGAACUCUUCAAUGUAGAGAGCCACUGCAUUAUAGAUGAGCGCACUGAUAUCUGGUCACUCGGAUGUGUGCUAUACUGCAUGAUGAUGUUGGAGGGGCCAUAUGACAUGGUAUUCCAGAAGGGGGACAGUGUUGCCCUGGCUGUCCAGAAUCCAGUGACUAUCCCACAGUCUUGCAGUUACUCGGAGGGCCUGCAGAUGCUGCUGAGCUCCAUAAUGGUGUCAAAUCCCCAGGAGAGACCAAACAUCAACUGGGUUCUUGACCAGGUACAGGACCUGCAGAGUCGCAGCCCCAACACCCAAACCAACAUGGUCUGAUCAUACACCGUGAACUGGAUGCGGGGACUUGGAAACCUUUGCACACAUAAAUGAACGCCUAUUAUUUUGAGCUUGAAAAUAUUUCUUUUAUUUAUUGAAUUGUGUGUAAAAAGCCUAGGGUGCAGACUUUCACUCAGCUUGGGGAGCUUGGCAACAGUAUCAGCUUUUAGUUUGAAUGAUCCGGUCUGGUCUGCGUAUCACAGUGGAGUCUUGCAGCCCUUAUACACUUAACGUGUACGAAAUAAUCUGAAAGGCCUCAAAUCUAAUUCCAGCCUGUAAUAUAAUGCUUUUGGCAAGGGUCAUCCGUUGCUUCUAAUAGGGAAGUGGCUUCACUUUGUAAUCUUAAAGGGAUGUUUUAAAAAUUGUAGUUGGCAUUUUUUUUUUUUUUUUUUUUGAAGAAAAGGGAUGACAAAAAAGCUUUGCCAAACUUUCCGGUGGAUGAAAGCUACCUGAGUUCAAUACAUAUCAGACUUCAUUCCGUAGAAGAAGAAGGAAUAGGGUCCAGUUCCCUUUAUUUUAUUAUCUUGAUUCCUGUGUUUUGUGUGUGUGUAACAUCUUGUGGUUACACACGUGUGCUGUAAUCAUCGAUAUACACCUUUGCCUUCAGCUUUUCUUCACGCCUUCCCUCGUACUGUUGGUCUCUACUGGGGGAAAGUUAAGAGGCAGAGUGCUCCUUUACCUGCAAUGCUGCAUUUAAACACACAGAGGUGCUCCACCAUCACAUUCACUUACUCCACAUUAUUGACACGGUGAUGUUUCUGUACUGUUGAUAAUGUGUGAAUGGGCUCCUUGUAAAACAGAGCAAAGAGGGUCUGCUUACAUAAGAAGAAAACUGUUCAAGGAGAAGGGGACAGGUGUUACUGUAACACACCUACAACAGUAGAUAAUAAUUUUCACAAAUUAUGUCUUUUUAUUAAUUACGCCAAUGUCAUGUCAGCCAUUGCAGUUUAACCUUCACUUUUCACUGUAUUGUCUUUUUAAACGUUUUUUUCCAUUUCAGCUAUGCUAAAUUCUGGGUUUCCUGUCAUGUUUGAAUGUGGAUCACACUUUUGUUCUCUCAGGGUUCAACCACAUCCUAAAGGGUUUGGCAUUCUGAAGUAGUAGACAUAAAUGGUACCUUUUUUAAAACAAUUAUUAGAUUAAAAAAUACAUAUCUAUAAAUACUUUGGACAUUUAAGUUGAGAUCACAACUUUUGUGACUCUGUAAUGCGGUGAUUGUGGACCAUAUUAGAACUAAAAACAAUCUUGAUAAUGACUUGACAAGUAGGUUGUUGGAAUGUUAAUUGGCAUACGUUACAGUACUGUUCAAAUAUAUUAUCGUUUUAAAGCUAAGUUUGGAUAUGUCAAGGGACUUUAAAUUAUUGUGUUGUUAAUGGCAAACUAAUUUCUUUAAGUGUAGGUGGGAGUACACCGAUGGGAAUAAGUAAGAGUGCGUUAUUUGAUUAUGGUAAAUUCUGUUUAACCUCUCAUUCACUGCACAGUAAAGGAUAAAUAAACAAUUAUGUAGCACUCGUA